AUGGGCUCGGUCUUUCGGCGUUUUCUGUCUGUGCGUCUUUCAGGCGCAGUCUUCCGGCGGGCGUCUGACCUGCUAGCCUAUCUCUCGCAGUGUCCUAUUCUAGAUGCGCUCUCAAGGCGCGAAGCUGCGCAGGUGGCCCUGUUAAUGCGUUGGCAGCAGUUUCUUCCCGACGAGGUCAUUCUGCGGCAGAACGAAAUGUGUUCUUACCUGCUGAUUGUCAUGAAAGGUGGAGCGCGCGGCGUGCGACAGCUCUCUCGUGACGGGCCUUCAGAGACUCUCGAGCGCUACGAAGAAGGCUCCUGCAUGAACUACCUCUGCCUGCUUCAGGAUCUUCCGAACUCGAUGUCGGUAGUUGCGGAGCCUCCCCAAGGCUGUAUCGUGGCCAAGCUGUCGCGGUCGCGUCUCGAAGGACUCCUCGGCAACGUUGAAAGCCUCCUUGACCGACAUCAGGGGGACGACGACGACAACGGCAAGGGAUACGCCGAGCGCCUCGGCAGCGAGGUCAAGAAAACAUGGGCGAGGAUGGUGAAGAUGGCGGGGUCUCGAUAG